GUUAAUGUAUUUUUCAACUUUCAUGUUUAGCGUCCAAACCUGGCUGUACUCUUCUACAGCAAAACGUUGUCAGGUCAGGUGUGGACAGAUAGCGCUAACGUAAUAGCUAGAAGAGGGAGCAAAUGGUGAUGGUAACCGUGCAUUGGAUUUGGAGUCUCGAUUCUGGAGUAAAGUUCGGAACAAACAGGCAGUCAUUCUCAGUAAAACAUUUGUUAUGGUUGACAGAAAGGCUUAUCAUUUGCUUUACCACCAAUAUGAUUUCAUUGAUUGUCCUCUUCUGACACUGUCUUGCAACUGUUGGUGUGAAGUAUAAGAAACUAGAUUUGAUUUAGUAAUUUCAGCUCUCCUUGCAUGGAGUUAAUUUUGAGGCCAGCCAUGUCAUUGCGUCCGUGCUAAGAUGCCGAUGAAGGUGGUUGUUUGGGACAGCUAAGUUAGUUAGGUUUUAAGGCCGACCAAAGUCGGUCGCGCGCUGAUGCAGGCUAAUUCCAAAUGUCACGUUGCAUUUGUGGUGUGAAGUUUGGGAAGAGCUACAGAUUAAGCAAUGACCCUUACUUAUUUUAACUGUAUUUGAUGGGGAGUUGUGUUAGUCUUGUCAAAGCUUAAGUCAGCCAUUCACACUGGUAUUGUAACUAGCUAGCAAACGUUAACGUUACGCCGCUAGCCAGUACUAGCUAACGUUAGCUACCAUCAGCUGACAGGUCACCGGCAAAACCUUUGGCUUUGAGCUGGCAAACUCAGUAGCUAGCGAGUUAGUCAGAUAUCUAAAAUAGGUAGCUAACUACGUAAUCUCACAGAGGCAAAACUCAGAGAUUGCAUCUAGCUAACAAACUUAAAACCAGUUCAGUUGCCAAGUCUUGAAUUAGCCGUUGCUAAUAGCUAAAUUGGCUGGUUUGACACAUCGCACUCGAACUUGGCUCUCAUCAACUUGCUACGCAUUAGCAACGGGGCAAAUGUUCGGGCACUCAAUGUAAACCCUUUUGUUGCGAAUUAGCUGGCUGGUCAACUAAGAAACGACUGUUUACUAAUCUGGAAUGACUUGACGGUGUGUCCAAUUCUGUCUGUAACAUUUAAUUACUAACCUUUUGAUAGAAACGAGCAAGAUUUAGCUGAACGUUUAGCUAGCUAGCUUGCCACCUUGCGUGUGGCUAUAGCUUGCUUCCUAGCUAUUUUAGCCUACGACAUAACAUUCACAUUUAUCAGAGGACCUCGUUUUACUUUGUGUUGGUUUAGUUUUGUGUAAGUCUAAAGGGAAAUGGCUGGUAACGCACUCAUUGGUGAUCCAAAUAAAGGUAACUUGGCUGAGUAGCUACAUCUAUCAGACAUGUAUCCUACUACUGUUUCCAGCUUGUCCUAAAAUUACUCAUUUAAUUGACUUGGUUAUUGAACAAAUUGUUCUGAAAAUGUUUUCUUGGCAUAGGCCCUAUGUCAUAUGAUAUUGGUGAACUGUUGGCCUACUUACUGACGUUAGCUUUUUUUUUUGGCCCUUUUUCAGACACAGAAGAUGCCAGUGAAACUGACCUGGCAAAACAUGACGAGGAUGACUAUGUGGAAAUCAAAGAACAGUGAGUGUUGUCCACCAAAUGCACAGUUACACUGGAUAGAAUAGAUGUUGACAUGGAUCAAAUGGGAUGUUCAAAAUGUAGCCUGGUCUUGAAGGACUCAAUUUACAGAUUUAGUAGUUGGUUGUGAUAAUCAUGAUGUUUUAUUUGGUUGCAGGAUGUACCAAGACAAGCUGGCGUCAUUGAAAAGGCAGUUGACGCAACUCCAAGAAGGUAGUGUCUCUGUUUCUAAUUAUCCUCACUGCUUUUUUAUGAAUUAAGCCUGUCCUAUAAUCCAUGAAUUAUCCUCCCUGCAUUAACAAUCAAUGUGAUUAUCAAUGUCAUAUAUCUCAACACGUGCUGAAGUAGCAGCUGAGCAGACCUUUAUCGUUUUGCACAACUGCUAUGAUGGCGCCUCAGAGGUGGUGCUCUUUGCAUUGAGAGACUUGUUGGAUUAGAAGUUAGGUGUAUAUGCUGUGUUUCAUAAAACUCUUCCCUGCAGGAACACUUCAGGAGUACCAGAAGAGAAUGAAGAAGCUGGACCAGCAAUACAAGGAGAGACUCCGUAAUGCUGGUAAGAAAAUAGCACUGUUGUUGCAUAGGAUCACUGUGCUCAUCGCUAAAUGGCUCCCUAUUAUAGUGCACUACUUUUGACCAGGGCCCAUAGGAAAUAGGGUGCCAUUUGGGAGGCACUCACUCACCGUUCAGUUGUUGCCACAUGGAGAUACCUCAUUCUGUAUCAUUUGAUCUUGAACACCCAAAGAGUGUACUGCCUUGUUGAGGGAGCAAGCUUGUAAGCGUUUCACUGCACCAUUUAUACCUGCUGUGAACAGUGUACGUGACGAAUACAACUUUUUUUUGGGGGGGGUUAGGUUUUAUGCUGCAAGUCAAUGUAGCUCAGUUGGUAGAGCAUGGUGUUUGCAACGCCAGGGUUGUGGGUUCCAUUCCCACGGGGGGCCAGUAUGAAAAUGUAUGCACUCACUAACUGUAAGUCGCUCUGGAUAAGAGCGUCUGCUAAAUGACUAAAAAUGUAAAAAAUCAAAUAAAAUUGACAGUCAGGGAUUAACUGACGAUGCAGUCAACAUGCGCGUUAACAUUGUAUUUGAUCUGUUUCUUUCCUAUAGAUCUCUUUCUCCAACUUGAGGUAAGACAUGUUUGAUAUUAUUACCUAACAUGGAAAUUCUAUUGAAUUCUUCACCUGCGAUUUAAUGUCCUAUCCACACGAACAUCUCUGGGCCUCCCGUCAAUCUCUUUCCCCCUCUGUCUUCUCCCCUCUCUCUCUCUCUCUCGCUCUCAGACAGAACAGGUGGAGAGGAACUACAUCAAAGAGAAGAAGGCGGCGGUGAAAGAGUUUGACGAUAAGAAAGUUGAGCUGAAGGAAAACUUAAUUGCCGAGCUGGAGGAGAAGAAGAAGAUGAUAGAGAAUGAGAAAUUAACGAUGGAGCUGACAGGCGGUAGGAGAAUCACUGAGAAAGAUCAGAUGACAGGGAAAUCUGUCCCUCCUCUCAUCUCACUUUCUCCGAGAGGCGGUGUGGGGAUAAAAAAUAAUGAUGGGUGUUGGUUGUUUUUUUGCAGAGGAGGAAGACUAUGUAAGCUAACUUAUUUUAUCCUCUGUCAAUACAAUGGAAGUGUUUUGGAGAUGAGGGAGAGUUGCAGAUUUCAUGCUAAUCGCUCAAUUGAAGAUCUCGUUUCAGUGCAGUAAUGUUGUUAUAACCUGUAAUGUCAUAUACAUGCAUACACAUAGUUUAUUAGGUACGCCACCCAGUUCACAAAAAUAGUUUGCUCCUAUAUAAAGCAGGCAUUGAGGCAUUCAGUUACUGUUUCAUUGAACGUUAGAAUGGGCAAAACGAGUGACCUAAGAGAGAGGGUGGUAUGUUCGUUGUUGCCAGACGCACUGGUUCCAGUAUCUCAGAAACAGAUGGUCUCCUGGGCUUUUCACACACGACAGUGUCUAGGGUUUACCGAGAAUGGUGUGACAAACAAAAAAAUCCAGUCAGCGGCUGAAAAACAAAUGAUAAGCCCAAACCAGAUGGGAUGGCGUAUCGCUGCAUAAUGCUGUGGUAGCCAUGCUGGUUAAGUGUGCCUUGAAUUCUAAAUAAAUCAGCGUCACCAGCAAAGCACCAUCACACGUCCUCCUCCAUGCUUCACGGUGGGAACCACACAUGCAGAGAUCAUCUGUUCACCUAUUCUGCGUCUCACAAAGACACAGCGGUUGGAACCAAAAGUCUAAAAUUUUAACUAAGCAGACCACAGGACAAAUUUCCACCAGUCUAAUGUCCAUUGCUCGUGUUUCUUGGCCCAAUAAAGUAUCUUCCUCUUAUUGGUGUCCUUUAGUAGUGGUUUAUAAUAUAAUAAUAAUAAUAAUAUGCCAUUUAGCAGACGCUUUUAUCCAAAGCGACUUAGUCAUGUGUGCAUACAUUUUUACGUAUGGGUGGUCCCGGGGAUCGAACCCACUACCCUGGCAUUACAAGCGCCACGCUCUACCAAUUGAGCUACAGAGGACCUUCGCAGCAAUUUGACAAUGAAGGCCUGAUUCACUCCGUCUCCUCUGAACAGUUGAUGUUGAGAUGUCUGUUACUUGAACUCUGUGAAGCAUUUAUUUGGGCUGCAAUUUGAGGCUGGUAACUCUAAUGAACUUAUCCUCUGCAGCAAAGGUAACUCUGGGUCUUCCUUUCCUGUGGCGGUCCACAUGAGAGCCAGUUUCAUCAUAGCGCUUGAUGGUUUUUGUGACUGCACUUGAAGAAACUUUCAAAGUUCUUGACAUUUUCCAGAUUGACUGACUUUCAUGUCUUAAAGUAAUGAUAGACUGUCAUUUCUCUUUGCUUAUUUGAGCUGUUCUUGCCAUAAUAUGGACUUGGUCUUUAACCAAAUAGGAACUGUCUUCUGUAUACCCAACCCUACCUUGUUACAACACAACUGAUUGACUCAAACACAUUAAGAAGGAAAGAAAUUCCACAAAUGGACUUUAACAAGGCACACCUGUUAAUUGAAAUGACUACCUCAUGAAGCUGGUUGAGAGAAUGCAAAGAGUGUGCAAAGCUGUCAUCAAGUGUUAUUUCAUAGUUUUGCUGUCUUCACUAUUCUACAAUGUAGAAAAUAGUAAAGAUAAAGAAAAGCCCUGGAAUGAGUAGGUGUGUCCAAACUUUUGACUGGUACUAUAGAUAUAUAGAAAAAAUCUCCAUAACAUUUGAGUUGUAACCCCCCCCCCCAUUUGCCCUCCAGAACAGCCUUAAUUCAUCUGGGCAUGGACUACAAGGUGUCAAGCGUUUCACAGGGAUGCUGGUCCAUGUUGACUCCAAUGCUUCACACAGUUGUGUCAAGUUGGCUGGAUCUCCUUUGGGUGGUGUACCAUUCCUGAUACACACUGGAAACUGUUGAGCGUGAAAAACCCAGCAGCGUUGCAGUUCUUGACACAAACUGGUGCACCUGGCACCUACUACCAUACCCCGUUCAAAGGCACGUAAAUAUUUUGUCUUGCCCAUUCACCUUCUGAAUGGCACACAUACACAAUCCAUAUCUCAAUUGUCUCAAGGCUUAAAAAUCCUUCUUUAACCUGUCUCCUCCCCUUCAUCUACACUGAUUGAAGUGGAUUUAACUGUUGACAUCAGUAAGGGAAAAUAGCAUUCACCUGGUCAGUCUGUCAUGGAAAGAGCAGGUGUUGUUAAUGUUUUGUAUACUCAGUGUACAUAUACCAAUAUAUAUUUAUCUGUGUUCAAUAUAUAUUUAUCUGUGUUAUACCCACAUGGGUGUCAGCCAUAGAAUUACUAGAAUGUGCAUCCCCAUUUAAGUCGAUGUGCAAUGACCGAUGAACUAGUAAUGCUAUUUAUACGGUGUCGGGUGCAUGGCAGGGAGCUCAUUCCCUAUUACCCCUGUGUAGAUUCCAUGGAGGUGAAACCCAUCAUGACCCGGAAGUUGAGGAGGCGGCCCAACGAUCCAGUCCCCAUUCCAGACAAGCGGAGGAAACCUGCACCUGAUAUCCUUUACUAGAAGUCCAAUCUCUCUGCUGUCUUGUCUACAGCAGGGUUGAUCCAAGUUAGGCACUGUGGAGAUCUGUCAAUCUUCAAAAGAAUCUCGUCUUGACUGAUUAGUUACAUGUACAUUUUUUUCCCCAUUUUCACAGGGUUGUUAAAACUUACCGGAUACAGUUGUUACCCCUUUACAGAAAUAUAUAAUACAAAUUAUGAGAUGAGUUGUCCUUAACACUCCACACCUCAGCUAAACUAUUUGCUAACAGAUGACCAGAUCAUGGAAGAUCUGCGAAUACUGAACAAGCAGCUGAAGUCCCCCAAGCGUCCAGGUAUGUGAGCAGUCAAUUUUUUACUACUCUUAGGAUUGUUUUGUUUCAGUUAGUCUAAAUGCCAUCAAGCCAAAAUGAGGAGAAAUCAAGUUAUUAUACAGGAUUUCUGUUCAGACUACAAUAAAAUAUGUUAAGUUUAGAUAUAUUAUUAAACAUCAAGACCUCCCGGGCGGGCCACGUUUUAGUAAAUUAACUAUUUACUUUAAAAUCACUAGACUGAUUUAGUUUCUCACGCCAUGUUUUCUCCCCCAGUGUCUCCGUCUUCUCCAGACCAAAUGCCCACCAUUCCAAUGGAGUCCCCCUCACAGCGCUAUGAGGCACGCAUCGAAGAGGGAAAGCUGUACUACGACAAGAGAUGGUACAUGCAUACUAAUUAUCUUCCUUUUUCAUUUGGCUUAUUACACCGCUUAAAAAGCACAGCGAAGAGGGGAGUUUCGUUGAGGAUCACAGUCAUACUUUUAAAAAGAUUGUUACUUUUAUUGUCUGCUGUUGUGGUUCAUCGCUGUUUAAUAAACUAAUAACAUUGGUCUAAACAUAAGACCUACUAAAUUGGUUCCUUAUAAUAGAAUACUGAGCAUUUUAAUUCAUGAUGCGGUCGACUUUUAUUUGCCACUAGAUGGCGCCACACCCUUAUAAAUCCUCCUGCUAUACUUACUGAAGAAUUCUUGGCUUUGCUGAUUUGUCUGUUAAAAGACUUAAAAACAAGAUUCUACAAAUGGUAAUCAUGUUUGUAGUAUGUUUAUAGUAACAUUCCCUCUGCCCAAUAGGUGAUAUUUCAUAUUAACCAAUGGGUGGCUGGAAUGUCGGCCAGGCAGGCUCAUUCUACCUGUCACCAUGGAAUUACAUUACAUUUUACUAACAUGGUUUUGGCAUAAAGCGCAGUAUGCCGUUUGGCGAUAGUUCCACAGUCUGACAGAAAUGACAGUGUUUGCUUGGAUGGGAUAAUCUGUCCUCUACCCUUUGGGUAAAGAGUAGCUCUCUGCAUAGGACAUCACGCACCAAUUAAUAAUUCCUUUGAAGAGUGGAAAAUGUGAAAUGUGCUCCUGUGAUAUUACAAAUGGCUUUCCAUGACUUUCAUGUAGCCUUUGAUAAAUUCUGAAGUGAGAGAGGUGGGGCUCAGUUGAGUGAACACUGAAGUGCUUGCUGCUAUCAGUCUCGCUGCCAGUCUCACCAGACCUAGGCUAAGAAAGGCUGAGGGGAGAGGAUGGGAAGACUCGAUAGCCAUGGUUGAAACCACAUGUAUUCUUCUUUCUCCCAGUAAUUACAGUUCAUUAGUGUGCUUGUUUGAAAGCAAGACAGCUGAAGCAAGCAUGUUCUUCAAGAAAUAUACCUUUUCUAAUUCUGUCUGUUCCAACUGUCACUACUUUCCACUUACCUCAGGGGGACUCUCCUCAGCCACAAUCAAAGACUACCUGGUUUUCAGACAUUUUGUUUCUCUCCAUGACAGCAUUGUCAGAUUAUCUAUUUAAUGGAAUCUUUAAGGGAUUGUGUGCUCGAGGAUAUUAUCCUAUAGGUAUAGAAGUCCUUAUCUGAGUGGACUGAUUCCUCCUUUUACCCCUCACCCAAUUCCAGAGGGGCUCAUAUAAUAUUAAAUGAGCUACAUGUAAUAUGUUCUUGGUUUCUGAAGGACACUGCUUAGAAAUGCCUGAAAUUGCUACAGACUGCAAUGUAAGAUAAGUAUCAUGAACCAACAAGCAUUCAUUUUCCAGGAUGUGAGGAAAUGUUAUGUUGCUAAUGUUUUGUGCUAUUUGUAGUUUGUGUUUAUCUUGUUGUGUUCCCAUCAGGUAUCAUAAGAGCCAGGCCAUCCACCUGGAGUCCAAGGAGAACACCAAGAUCAGCUGUGUCAUCAGCUCAGUGGGAACAAACGAGGUGGGUUUCAGUUCUCCAUUUCCACAGCUACAGUGCUAUGCUUGUACCACUUAAAUCCAUUCUAUCCUAGAGGGAUGCAUGACUUGCUAGUAUCGUGUUGUGGUGGUCGUAGUAGUCUGUCCGAAGUGCAGUGUAAGUAUUGUGUGGGUGCUAUGGUAUUUCUUUAUUUAACCAGGCAAUUCAAUUAAGAAACAAUUAUUAUUUACAACAUGGCCUCCUGUGGGGACGGGCUAAAAAUAAAAUGAGAAAACGGACAACAGACAGACGACACUGGAAGCAGCAUAAAUACAACAACAAACUGUGUGUCUGUGUGAAGUUAAACAACAUGCUUCCUUACAUAAGGCAAUGCAAACUAGUGACAUGGGGUAACAACUAGAAACAACUACAUGUCUCAACAACCUGUUCAUCUAUUUGUCCUUUGAACUCCUCCAGGGACACCAGGUCCUGGAGUUUUAGGUUGGCUUGGAGGGAAUUCCAAGACCAGGCGGCUGAGUAAUAAAAGGACAAUUUUUCCAUGCUCGGUUCUAAUCUUCGGGACUCUUAGCAUAAAAUAAGAUUGAGAUCUGAGCUUGCAUGCGUUUUCAUUUCGAGCUAGAAGAGAGGAUAGAUAAAUUGGCAGUUUUCCUAAAAUGGACUUAAAAACAUUUAAUACAGUAUAUAAAUUGUGGAACGUCCUUUUGUUCUGAAACUCCUGAUAUGAUGAGCAUCAUGCCACUUAUUAUACGGAGGCUCUCUCUUUAGAGUAAAUGACCAUAAUGGGGCCUAUUGAUUGGGUUUCCCCUCAGAUCUGGGUGAGGAAGACCAGCGACAGCACCAAGAUGAGGAUCUACCUGGGACAGCUACAGAGAGGAGCGCUUGUCAUCCGACGACGGUCGGCAGCGUAGAAACGACACCAUGCCCCUUCCCAGUGUCUCUUCAUCCAUCCAUCCAUCCAUCCAUCCAUCCAUCCAUCCAUCCAUGCCUUCAGCAUCCUUCUUGUUCCUUUCAUUUUGUACAUGCAGUAUGUUGCUUCCCCCUCAUCAUCAUGUUUCUCCCCCCAUCAUCAUGUUGCUCCUCCUCAUCAUCAUGUUGCUCCUCCUCAUCAUCAUGUUGCUUCCCACCUUCAUCAUGUUGCUCCCCCAUCCUCCCUACUGUGUGCCUGAGGAAGUCUGCUCAAUGACUUUGUGGUUUUUCAAUCAAUCAGGACCACUGGAGGGGAAGAACGAUGCAUUCUGUCAGUAGCCAUCAUCAAGCACAGGUGGAAGCCAUUUUUCCUUGCAGGUUUUGUCUCAAAUAGCCCUUUAGGCAGUUGAGGAGACCUGGAAUGAAUGGAUAGCCUUGGUAUAGCAAAUGUUGUCAUGGCUGCACUAUGCCUUGUUAUAGACUUAGCUGU